AUGUCCAACCUUCCCGUUGAGCCCGAGUUCGAGCAGGCCUACAAGGAGCUCGCUUCGACUCUUGAGAACUCUACUCUCUUCCAGAGCCACCCCGAAUACCGCAAGGCCCUCCAGGUCGUCUCCAUCCCCGAGCGCGUCGUUCAGUUCCGCGUCGUCUGGGAGAACGACAAGGGCGAGCUCGAGGUCAACCGUGGCUUCCGUGUGCAGUUCAACUCCGCCCUGGGCCCCUACAAGGGCGGUCUCCGCUUCCACCCCUCCGUCAACCUUUCCAUCCUCAAGUUCCUCGGUUUUGAGCAGAUCUUCAAGAAUGCCUUGACCGGACUGAACAUGGGCGGUGCCAAGGGUGGCUCCGACUUCGACCCCAAGGGCAAGACUGACCAGGAAAUUCGCCGCUUCUGUGUCUCUUUCAUGACCGAGCUGUGCAAGCACAUUGGCGCCGACACUGACGUCCCCGCUGGUGACAUCGGUGUUACCGGCCGCGAGAUCGGCUUCCUCUUCGGCCAGUACCGCAAGAUCCGCAACCAAUGGGAGGGUGUCCUGACCGGAAAGGGUGGCAGCUGGGGAGGCAGUCUGAUUCGCCCCGAGGCCACCGGCUACGGUGUGGUCUACUACGUCGAACACAUGAUCAAGCACGUCACCGGCGGAAAGGAAUCCUUCGCUGGCAAGCGCGUCGCGCUCUCGGGAUCCGGCAACGUCGCCCAGUACGCCGCCUACAAGAUCAUCGACCUUGGCGGUGCCAUCGUCUCUCUCUCUGACAGCCAGGGCUCUCUCAUCGUCAAGGACGAGUCUGCCUCUUUCACCCCCGAAGAAAUCACCCUCAUUGCCGAUCUCAAGGUUGCCCGCAAGCAGCUCUCCGAACUCGCCGAAUCCUCUGCCUUCUCCUCCAAGUUCACCUACAUCCCCGGCGCCCGCCCCUGGACUCACAUCCCCGGAAAGUUCGAGGCUGCUCUGCCCUCUGCCACGCAGAACGAGGUCUCCGGCGAAGAGGCCAAGUCCCUCAUCAACUCCGGCGUGCGCUACAUCGCCGAGGGCUCCAACAUGGGCUGCACUCAGGACGCCAUCGACAUCUUCGAGGCCCACCGUCUCGCCAACCCCGGCGACGCCAUCUGGUACGCCCCCGGUAAGGCCGCCAACGCUGGCGGUGUCGCCGUCUCCGGUCUCGAGAUGGCCCAGAACUCCGUCCGCCUCUCCUGGACCGCCGAGGAGGUCGACGCCCGUCUCAAGGACAUCAUGGACUCUUGCUUCCAGAACGGUCUCCAGACUGCUCAGAAGUUCGCCACUCCCCCUGAGGGCGUCCUGCCUUCGCUCGUCACUGGCUCCAACAUUGCCGGUUUCACCAAGGUCGUCGAGGCCAUGAAGGACCAGGGCGACUGGUGGUAA